GAUGGUGUGUGUGACUGACCGUGCUCCGUGAACCUGGAUGAGGUGGAGACACGAAUAUUAAAGUCCUUUAAUUUAAAAACGUAGUAUAAACGAACGCGUCAGCCAGUCGGUCUUAUAUGAUUGUGUUUCACGGUGUUGCAUGUCAAUUUAUACACUGCAUAGGAGGAAGUUGUGUAUGGAUUUUGGAAUAAAACGUAACUCUGCAGUUUAUCCAGGUGACCGAAUGCCCAAGGACCAUGCUUCUUUUUCCCGCUUUAAUGACGUAAAGACAGCAACACCCUGAUUGGAGAAAUGCUAUUUUGGGGGCGGUUUUAAGCACAGGCGGAAGUGCAGCUUUCACGCCAGCAGCUCGAAAGUUGUUGUUUUGUAUCUAAAUGUUGCUGUCGACUAGCUUUCCAAUACUGUUACUUUGCAUCCAUACCUUCAGUCGACUCACAUUAAAGAUGGCACAGUGAAAAUAAUCACAGUUUGUAAAAGGAUACGGUGACAAACACUGUUAGAUAGAAGGCAACAAAUUGCAACAUUAGGCCGUAACGUUUUAUAAUGCACCUGUGUCACGUUGGUCGAAUUCAAAGCCCAGUUACUAAAACUGUAAUUUAGCAUCAAGAACAGCUUCACCCAAUUUCACUAUCAAUCUAGAGUGAGUCACAAACCCAGGCCUCCCGUUUAGGCCCAGUGUUGAGAGCCAGGAUGGUAUAAAUAUAGGCCUAUGUGAUUUAUUUUUCUCACAAAAACCAAAACUAUGCAACCUGACACAAUUCAAAACGUGUUAUCUAAGCCUGUGCUUCCUAGAAGCGUUUUAUUUAAAUUGUCAGCAAAGUUACAAAAUAUCACUCAAAGGCACAUCUUAAAAUCAAAACAUUAGAUAAAAUAGAUAACAUACGUAACGUAUGUAUACUGUAUGACUGCUUUAUUUUUUAGUGAAAUUGUGGGCAAGUAAAUCGCGAAAUGCGCUUUUAGAUAAGGGGGAGGACAGAGGAGGGGGGAGACACAGCUAGGAGAGAGAUAAGAACCGGGCUUGUCCAUGGUUCGGGCUGCAACGACUCCUAGCCUUCCCAGCUAGCGCGUUAGCGUCGGCCUUUUAGUAACAAUGAAGAACACAUCCACGGCUGCCUACUCAACAGUAGUAUGAUCAGUUUGGAUAGGAUUGACAAGGAAAGCACGGACACCGACAUAUUUCUGUUCUUUUAACAACGGAUUUGUUAUCCUCCCCGGUUGAGUCGGGCAAAACCACCGUACGCGAUGGGGAAGGAGGUGAACGGGGUCUCGCGGAGUCGGUUUGAGAUGUUCUCAAACAGCGAUGAAGCUGUGAUCAAUAAGAAGCUACCCAAGGAGCUGUUGCUAAGAAUUUUCUCUUUCCUUGAUGUGGUGACGCUGUGUCGGUGUGCACAAGUUUCCAGGUCGUGGAACGUGCUGGCUCUGGAUGGCAGUAACUGGCAGCGCAUUGACCUCUUUGACUUCCAGAGGGACAUUGAGGGGCGUGUGGUGGAGAACAUCUCAAAGCGGUGUGGGGGGUUUCUGCGGAAGUUGAGCCUCAGAGGAUGUCUUGGCGUCGGAGACAGCGCACUCAGAACCUUUGCACAGAAUUGCAGAAACAUUGAGCUGCUCAGUCUCAAUGGCUGCACCAAGAUCACUGACAGUACAUGUAAUAGCUUGAGUAAGUUCUGUCCCAAACUGAAGCACCUGGACCUAGCCUCCUGUACCUCAAUCACCAACCUGUCACUCAAAGCACUUAGUGAGGGGUGUCCCCAGCUGGAGCAGCUGAACAUCUCCUGGUGUGACCAGGUCACUAAGGACGGGAUCCAGGCCCUGGUGCGCUGCUGCCCCGGACUCAAAGGCCUCUUCCUCAAAGGCUGCACUCAGUUGGAGGAUGAGGCCCUGAAGCACAUUGGAGCUCACUGUCCAGAGCUGGUCACACUCAACCUGCAGACGUGUUCGCAGAUUACAGACGAAGGCCUGAUCACUAUCUGUAGAGGCUGCCACCGCCUGCAGUCUCUCUGCGUGUCCGGCUGCGCAAACAUCACAGACGCCAUUCUCAACGCACUGGGACAGAAUUGCCCACGCCUCAGAAUAUUAGAAGUGGCCCGCUGCUCACAGCUCACAGAUGUGGGCUUCACCACACUAGCACGGAACUGUCAUGAGCUAGAGAAGAUGGACCUAGAGGAAUGUGUGCAGAUAACAGAUGGGACACUCAUCCAGUUGUCCAUCCACUGCCCUCGUCUUCAGGUGUUGAGUCUGUCCCACUGUGAGCUGAUCACGGACGACGGCAUCCGGCACCUGGGCAGCGGGCCGUGCGCCCACGACCGCCUGGAGGUGAUCGAGCUGGACAACUGCCCCCUGAUCACCGACGCCUCGCUGGAGCACCUGAAGACCUGCCACAGCCUGGACCGCAUCGAGCUCUACGACUGCCAACAGAUCACGCGCGCCGGCAUCAAGCGCUUGAGGACCCACCUGCCCAACAUUAAAGUGCACGCCUACUUCGCCCCAGUGACCCCUCCCCCAUCGGUGGGCGGCAGCCGCCAGAGGUUUUGCCGCUGCUGCGUCCUGCUAUGAUGUUACCACGCCGACCGCCGCCGCCGCCGCCACCACCACCGCCACCACGGCACCGGGACAACCUGAUCUUCAACCCCUAGGUGCAACGUGGUUGUACCCCCCCCACACCUACACCCAACCCCCACCCACCCAGACCAAGCUGCUGAGAGCGACAACCACAAAAAAAACCUAAACGGACAGAUGGAUGGAGAGACGGAGCGAGCGAAAGAGAGAGAGAGUGUACCACAUUAUACUUACCUACAAACACACACACACACACACACACACACACACACACACACACACACACACAAACCUCAGUAUGUAGACACACACACACACACACAGACAAGUACACAUACACUCCAGGUCAAUGCAUGCAUAGCAAAAAAAACAAAACUCUUCAGUGUACACACAUGGUCUCAGACACGCUGCACAUACAUAAAAUGCAGAAUCGUCACUGAAACGCCACUACAUUCCUGCUCUCCCAGGGCUGUGUUCAAGAUCCGACCAGUGGUUGCUCCCUGCAGGGUAUCUUAAGCGUAGAGCCCUGGAGGCCUAAAGGGGCCAGAGGACUUGAGGGUCUAGAGUACUGGAGCCAGGGGCACCACAGGAAAUAUUGGGCCCCAUGAAAGAUUCAAAUUUUGGCGCCCCAUGAAGGGCCCCUGUCAGUGCUUGGGCCCUGAGAAUCUGUAACACCACCCCCACCCUAGUGGCACCCAUGACUGGCAACAUGUCAUCAUGCAUAGGCGUAUCUAUGACACGCUGAUUUUAACCCACUAUCGCGUGUGUCCAAUACGCCUUUUCAAGUUAAGUCGUGCUCCACAACGCCCUGUGACCGGUUAGGUUUAGGGAUCGUUUUGGUUUAGGCACAAUUUAGGUAGAAAUUCGCCUAAUCUCGCUGUUCUUGGCAAAAGUAAAGCAGCAGAAACAUUGCUUUACUGACAGGUUAGGUUUAGGGGUGGUUUUGGUUAGGGCACAGCAAAGCAUAUUUGCGUUUAGUAACAGAAAUGUGCUGUGACAAAACAAAAUCGCCAACACGGCGGGAAAACUGCGCAAACCUCGUCACGUGUCAAAAGUGCAUGAAAGAGCUUUACCGUUGCGUUGAGUAGCACGCUUUAACUUCAAACAUGCGUCGCACCAACACGCUGAAUGCACUAGCGUGCGAUACAUACGCUAAAGCAUGAUGACAGCCUGUGACUGGAGGCUUGGAGCACUACAAACCUUUAGGUCUGACUGUGAAGGCUGUGAUCCACUCUAAUCUGAUUGACCCAAAGCACUGCACUGGGCGGCUACUCGCAGCAGCUAGGAGGCCCUGACGCCUAACCCACCAACCCAACCCAACCCAGCCUCUCUCACAGGCUGGCAUUGAAGCCCUUUUUUAAAAAAUCUGAGCCCGGUCCUAAGCUGGCCUUGUAAAGCCUGGCUCAAACUACACGACUAUCUGUCCGAUUCUCGGCUGAAAGCCCCCCUUACGACAAUCGGUGGAACGUUAACCCCCGAACGUUUUCAUCAGUGUAGUCAGCUGGUGGAUGGUUACAGACUUACUAGAUGUGUGCAUCUGUGAUCUGAGGAGUCGUCGUCGUCGUGUGGGUAAAUGUGUUAAGAAAUAUGUGACGAGGUAAGGCUCAGCCGGGCACUAACAGAGAACAUGCCCUAACAUAUUUCUCAUUAUAAGACGGGUCCCUUUUUAUUUAUUUUCUUUUUAAAUUUAAUUCAAACUUGAAUUUAGUACAAGUGGAUCAAGGAGACCACUGAACCAUUACACAGACAUAGAAUGGCUGUGGGGAUGUUGUUUAAGGUGGCGUCGGUGUUAAUCGGCAAGGUGAAAUAUGGGUUGAGCUACCUCUGCAAAUCAAUGCAUGGAGACGUCGUGAGCAAACUCGCGUGGCGUCUUUAAGUGUUUUCACUUCCUGAACGCAGCCCUGGUGUCGUUUACAGCGACUAAACUGCCUUCGAACUUUGUAUUCUUAUAAUAGCGCACUGACAACACACACACACACACGAACAUACACACAAAGAGAAAUACGAUCUGAGGCAGAGAGCCACACACAUCCAUACCUUCUAUAAAAGAAAAGAAGAGAGAGUGGAAGAACAUGCACAUACAAACCCACAGGAUAAGUCAGCAGACAUACCUUUAAAAAAAUAUAUACAUGUAUUCCUAGAGAGAACCUGAUGCGCACUCAUUCGCAAUCUUCUUGCCGUUUUAAAUAGAGACUGUGAGACACUGCCCUGAGACCGAGAAGAUACUCCUUCCAGUUUUGGUGUGGAUAUGUAUUACUCCACUAAAACUGGCACACGUCAGUCCCUACGCACACACACACACACACACACACACACACACACACACACACACACACACACACACACACACACACACACACACACACACACACACACACACACACACACACACACACACACACACACUUUAAGACUCUCACACUCUCAUGCUGUAUAGUAUUCAUAGCUAAAAGACAUGCAGUUGCACACACAAAAACAUCUCUUCAUCUCUUCUCUCCUUUCCUCUUCCCGUUCUAUCUCUCUCUCUCUCUCUCUCUCUCUCUCUCUCUCUCUCUCUCUCUCUCUCUCUCUUUCCCACGCUCUCCUGUCUCUCCUUUUUCGCUCUCUUGUCUGGAUCAUGGUCAGAGGCAAAGUGUGGUUCCUCCUGAACAGGAGACUUGACUAUAUAUUUUUUUUUUCUAAAAAACAAAACAAAAAAAUCAUUGUGACUUGGAUGAGGGACCUCGCAAAAAAAGAUGCCAAAAGAUGCAUGAUGUUACGGAUCUAGUUUUUUAAACACUUCACCUAAUAUUAUGGAAAAGUUGCUGGGGGGGGGGGGGAGGCGGCGGGUGCUACCGGUACCCUUCUACAGCCAUGUCAGGUCAUGGCAGGAAAAAAAAGGAGAUUGUGCUAAACCACAGCAGAGGGUGGAAUUGAACUUUGAACUCUGAACUGAAGUGAAUUGAAAUGAACUUCAAAAUGGCACACACAAACGAACACAUUGCGAAUAGCCACAUUCUCUCGCACAACAAUACAAAAUUACACACAUACACACACACACACACACACAGAAACACACCCAAAAACUUCUACACCCACAGGAUCUAAGAACAGAAAUCUGUGUGUUUGUGUCUGUCUACUGGUGAGGAGUGAAUCCAAGGAGGACAAAAAAAAACAGCAACAACAACAACAACAACAAAACAAAAACAACCAGCUUGCACACAUCCUUCAACUUGGAUGUUUGGAGACUUUACCUGACCCAACAAGACUGAUGAUCAUGAUCACACAACAACCAACAGAAUUAUGGGGGGGGAAAAAACAACAAAUAAGCAAAUAAAUAAACCUAAAAAAAAAAAAAAUAUUGAAUGAAUUACUACGACGAGACAAGGACGUCCAUCACGGAUAUAAACACAAGACAAGGAAGAGGAGAAAAAAAGAAAAUGAUCAUGGGAAAGAAACAAUCGUUCUAUUUGUCUGUUUGUUUUUUUGUUUGUUUUGUGUUUUUUGGCUCACUAAGGUUUUUCUUUUAGUUUUUUUUUUCUCCCUUCAACGUCAAACUUUGCAGCCGUGAUCCACAUAUAUGUCUUGUCAUUUGGCAAGUGUGUGUGUGUGUGUGUGUGUGUGUGUGUGUGUGUGUGUGUGUGUGUGUGUGUGUGUGUGUGUGUGUGUGAGAGAGAGAGACCCCCCCCAAGGGCCAUCACCAUGGCCGCUGUGUGUGAUUGUCUUCAGUGUUGCAAUUAGGACUCUCUAGACUGGAACCAGUGGCAGGGACUUUUGACUGGGGAGGGGAGGGGGGAGUGGAACUCGAGCUGAAACUGAAAACAUACCCGACCCGUUCACUUCAUGUGCCCACCCUCACACCAACACACACACUCUGCCCUUGAUGAGAAACGGAGACACAGGCAAAACGCACACGCGCACACACACACACACACACACACACACACACACACACACACACACACACACACACACACACACACACACACACACAAAUAUCAGAGGGAGACCAGGAUAAGCGGACUCUAUCUGAGAGAGCCUGUCUCUCUCUCUCUCUCUCUCUCUCCAUGUCUAAUCCGCACCCCCACAGCCUCCAUAUAUGGAUCUGAUGUUGGUUAGUUUGAUUUUCUUUUUCUUUUUUUUUCCUUUGGUUCUUUUUUUUGUUGGUCGUGUUUUGUCUCCCCGUAAGUGGGUUCCAGUUGGUUAUCUUGAAGUGUCUGUCACGAUCGUUUGUCUUCGUCCACUAGACACACCCCUUGCCCCUCUCUCCCCUUCUCUUCUCCAACCCUUUUAUUUUUCAGCAAUGUCACACCCUCAGAAGAGUUAUUUGCCACCCCUGCACCCCCCUACCCUCCUCUCCGCUCCAUAGUGAUUCCGUGUGGGAGAUGAGGAUUUUUUUGUUUGGUAGCAAACUAAAACCUACACACCAACAAGUGGAAUCCAGCUGGAUGUGAACUCUGAAAAGUUUUGUGGAAAUGUACAAACAAAUCAACGGAAAAAAAACAUGAUGAUACUCAAGAUACCAACGUUUAUGUGACACUUUCUGGAAACUGGUGGACAGUGGAAAAAAAACAAAACAAAUUAUGUGGAUUUUAUGUCAAAAAAUGCAUGACAAUUGCACUUUCUCAGAGGAAAAAAAAGCAUUCAUUAUUUUUUAAAGCCCCAUGCCCUUAAGCAUAACACCCCCAACAUGCAUACAUACAGUACAUGCGUUCAUACGUGCACACACACACAUGCACAUGUGUGCCCAAACACAGGAACACUAAAGAUUUUAUUUCUUCUGGACUCAUUCUUUAUGUUGGCAUUUUUGCUUGCUUAGGCAAAUACUGAUGCUGACGUGCACAUCUCGGUCAUACAAGCAAACUAAUGCACAGCCGGCAACACCACAAGCAUAGGGAGAUCGAACUCUCAAUCACACUCUUUAACACACAGAGACAUAAACACACACUCAGCGCCCCUCUUGUUUUCAGAUUUUAUGAUUCUUUGCAAAUGGUGUGGUGUCUGACUGUGUUUUUUGUUGUUUUUUUUGUUUUGUUUUGUUUUUCUUUUGUCCAAACAGCUUUUUAUUCUGACCUCUGACCCCCCCACCACCCCUCCCUCCCUCCCUCCCAUAUGUCUCCUUGGCAACCUGGUGUUUUGGUUCUGUGUCUACAUGUAAAGAGAGGCCUCUAUGUGAGGUGGGGGUGAGGGGUGAGGAUUGGGGAAGGGCAGGGUGGGAUGAGGGGUAAGGCGGUUUUUAUCUGGACAAGUCUGGUGUUGAGCAUUCUGACCCCAGGACAAGGAGUGUGUGUGUGUGCGUGUGCGUGUGCGUGUGUGUGUGUGUGUGUGUGUGUGUGUGUUUUGAAGGUUGUAUGUGUGGGCCUGUGUGUCUGCACGUGCUUGCAUGUGGGCCUGUGUGUGUGUGCGUGAGUGCGUGUGUGUGUGUGUGAGUGCGUGCUCCUGGGGCAGGGUGGUGGGUGAGAAUGUGAAAAGUGACCUGAAGAAGUGUAUCCUGAGUUGUGAUCCUUUUGGAGGUAAAAAGCAAAUUCAAUUUUGACAAUGACUGUAGUUGUUCUAAUUACUGUAAAUCUCCUUUUACUUUUCUUUUCUUUUCUUUUUUUUUCUUUUUUUUUACAAUUAACGGAUAUAAAUGAGUCUGUAUGUAUGAAUAAAUAUAUAACUAUA